AAGUCCGCGGCCUAUUUACCCAAGUUAGAGAUAGGGGCCUGUGGAAACAUGAAGAGGGUAAAUAGCUGUGUGAAGAAUGAUGAGCAUGUCCUGGAGGAGUUGGAAACAGAAGGGGAGAGGCAGCUGAAAAGCCUCCUUCAGCAUCAACUUGAUACCUCUGUCUCCAUUGAGGAAUGCAUGUCUAAGAAAGAGAGCUUUGCUCCUGGUACUAUGUACAAGCCCUUUGGGAAGGAAGCAGCUGGGACGAUGACUUUGUCCCAGUUUCAGACGCUGCAUGAGAAGGACCAGGAGACUGCUUCUCUCAGGGAACUAGGGCUCAAUGAAACAGAAAUCUUGAUCUGGAAGAGCCAUGUUUCAGGUGAAAAGAGGGCAAGACUGAGGGCAACUCCUGAAGCAAUACAGAACCGUCUUCAAGAUAUUGAAGAAAGGAUCUCGGAGCGUCAGCGCAUCCUUUGCCUGCCACAGAGAUUUGCAAAGAGUAAACAGCUGACCCGACGAGAAAUGGAAAUAGAAAAGUCAUUAUUUCAGGGAGCUGAUCGUCACUCCUUCCUCAAGGCUCUUUAUUACCAAGAUGAACCCCAAAAGAAGAACAAAGGUGAUCCCAUGAACAACCUGGAAAGUUUUUACCAAGAGAUGAUAAUGAAAAAACGUCUUGAAGAGUUCCAACUUAUGAGAGGUGAACCCUUUGCUUCCCACUCACUGGUCUCAGCUACAUCAGUGGGAGAUAGUGGCACAGCUGAGAACCCGUCAUUACUCCAGGACAAGGGAAUACAGGCAGCACAGGGUAAAGGUCUCAGUCUCCAUGUGACAAAAGUUAUUGAUAAUUCACCUGAGCAGUGUUGGACUGGGCCUAAGAAGCUGACGCAGCCAAUAGAAUUUGUCCCAGAAGAUGAGAUCCAGAGAAAUCGUUUGUCAGAGGAAGAGAUCCGAAAAGUUCCUAUGUUUUCUUCAUAUAAUCCAGGGGAGCCAAACAAGGUGUUAUACCUGAAGAACCUUAGCCCUCGAGUGACUGAAAGAGAUCUUGUCUCAUUGUUCGCUCGGUUCCAGGAGAAAAAAGGACCGCCAAUUCAAUUCCAAAUGAUGACUGGACGAAUGAGGGGGCAAGCUUUUAUCACCUUCCCCAAUAAGGAGAUAGCAUGGCAAGCAUUGCAUCUAGUAAAUGGAUAUAAACUACGUGGGAAAAUAUUGGUGAUAGAAUUUGGAAAGAACAAAAAGCAACAGUCAAAUCUCCAGGCUGCUUCUCUCAUAUCAUCCGCUACAGAUAAAAGUACAGAAAUCAGUGGUAGCUAGAAGAUACAUAGAUUGUGAGUCUUGGGUGGUCUUUUUGGAUCUAGGAUUUGUGUAUAGAUUGCAACUUGUUUCGAAUUGAAGAAGAGAAACUAACUAAGGGAGAGAAAAAUCUAAUUAAGAUAAUCCCAUUCAGCUUUUAGAAAGAAUAGGUAGAAAACAUUUUCUAUAAUCAAAGAUUAUAUAGAACAGAGAGUAUGCUGAGUAUGAAGGGUAGGGUACAGAGAGUAUCAUUUUCUCAGGAUAAAUUACAAAGGAUUAUUUCCAAGGAUUUUUUUUUAAUCUUUAUAAUUUAUACAUGAUCUUAAAUAUUUGUCCCUAGAGAUAACAUUCUUUCCAAGACUGCCUCCUAUAUACAGAACUAAAAAACUAAUUAAAUGUUGAAA